AUGUCGCAUUACGGAGGUCCCCCGCAAAACCAAUACGGCGGCAGUGGUCAAUAUUACGACCAACAUGGCCAAGGUUACUACCCCGCGCAACAAGGCCAUCCCCAGCCGCAACAAGGCUACUAUCCACCAGAGGGCCAACCCGCUUACGGCCAACAGGGUCACCCUCCCCCAUAUGACCAGCAGUACCAACAGGGUCACGGUCAGGGUCAAUACCCGGGCGGUCCGGGAUACGGCCAGCCUCCCCAGGACCGUGGCCACUCGCCCUAUCCGCCUCAGCAGCAGCAUUACCAGCAGGGUGGUGAGAGUGCCUCUUACUACGGUGGUGCGCCGCCUCAACAACAGCAGGGACACCCUGGGGCACCCGGAGCUGAGGGUGAGAGGGGCCUCGGAUCGACGUUGAUGGGUGGUGCUGCUGGUGGGUUUAUGGGUCAUAAGUUGGGCCAUGGUGCGCUUGGUACCGCGGGCGGUGCUGUUUUGGGUGCUGUUGGAGCCAACCUCGUGAAUAAUAAGCUUGGCAAGGAUAAGAAACACAAGAAAGAGAAGAAACAUAAGAAGGAUAAGAAGCAUAAGCGCAAGGGGUCUAGUUCGAGCUCGAGCUCGUCUAGUGAUAGCGAUUAG